UGCAGCCCUUUUCUCUCCUCCUCCUUCUCCUCCUCCCUCCUUUCUCCUCCCCUGCCUCCCUCCCUCCGCCCCGGCUAUCUUUGUCUGCCUCACAGCCGAGCCCUCUCCCAGCCCCGCCGCGGCGCUGGGCGUCAGCCCCCACAUGCGACAGCGGGGCCGGGGCUGCCACCUCCUGCCGGUGUGACCGAGCCGAGCCGGGCUGGGCCGGGCCAUGCCCGGGCUCUGGGAGCACCCCGAGGCUGCCACCACAGGCUGCCGGCCCCGGCACCGCUCCUCUUCCUCCUCCUCUUCCUCCUCCUCCUCCUCCUCCGGCCGCCGCGCCAUGGUGUGAGCCCCGGGGACCCUGCGGGACCCCCAGCGAGCUCGGAGCCCCUCCGGGAGGCACCCCCUUCCCCCUCUCCUCGGCUCCUUCCCUCCCUUUCCUCCCCUCCUUCCCUUCCUUUCCCUUCCCCGCCUGCCUUCACCUCCCUCUCCCCCCCCCCUCCUCCUCCUCCUCCCACCACCCAUCCAUCUAUCCAUCAUCCCCCCGCCAACCCCUCCCAAUGCUGGAGAGUUUCAACCCGGCGGGGCUGGGGUGAAGAAGAAGGGAAGGGCAGGAGAUAAAAGAAAAAAGGAAAAAAAAAAAAAAAAAAAGAAACAAAAAAACCCAAAAUAAGAAGAGGAGCCCCGCGCCAUUCACGGCUUUUUUUAUUUUCGGGGAGGAGAGGAGGAAAGAAGAAGGGAGGGGGGGGGGCGCCGCUGUUAUUUAACGCCGAGAGGAAACAACAAAAAAAAAUAAAAGAAAAACAAGGAAAAGAAAAGGAAGAGACGGGAAAAUGGCGAACGAUUCUCCUGCGAAAAGUCUGGUGGAUAUCGACCUGUCCUCCCUGCGGGACCCCGCCGGGAUUUUCGAGCUGGUGGAAGUGGUUGGCAAUGGCACGUACGGGCAAGUCUACAAGGGUCGACAUGUCAAGACGGGUCAGCUGGCAGCCAUCAAAGUCAUGGACGUGACUGAGGAUGAAGAAGAAGAAAUCAAACUGGAGAUUAAUAUGCUAAAGAAGUAUUCUCAUCACAGAAAUAUUGCAACUUAUUAUGGUGCUUUCAUUAAGAAAAGUCCUCCAGGACAUGAUGACCAACUGUGGCUUGUUAUGGAGUUUUGUGGAGCAGGCUCUAUCACAGACCUCGUGAAGAACACGAAAGGGAAUACUCUGAAAGAAGACUGGAUAGCGUACAUCUCCAGGGAGAUUCUCAGGGGGUUGGCACAUCUUCAUGCCCACCAUGUGAUUCACAGGGAUAUCAAAGGGCAGAACGUGUUGUUAACAGAGAACGCAGAAGUGAAACUUGUGGAUUUUGGUGUGAGUGCUCAGCUGGACAGGACAGUUGGCAGGAGAAACACUUUCAUUGGAACUCCGUACUGGAUGGCUCCAGAAGUUAUUGCCUGUGAUGAAAAUCCAGAUGCUACAUACGAUUACAGAAGCGACCUCUGGUCUUGCGGCAUUACAGCCAUCGAGAUGGCAGAAGGAGCUCCCCCGCUUUGUGACAUGCAUCCCAUGAGGGCGCUCUUUCUGAUACCCAGAAACCCUCCCCCACGGUUAAAAUCCAAGAAAUGGUCAAAGAAGUUUUUCAGCUUUAUAGAAGGCUGUCUAGUGAAGAAUUACAUGCAGAGACCUUCUACAGAACAACUGUUGAAACAUCCGUUUAUACGUGACCAACCAAAUGAAAGGCAAGUUCGAAUCCAGCUUAAGGACCAUAUAGACAGGACCAGGAAGAAGAGAGGAGAAAAAGAUGAGACGGAGUAUGAAUAUAGUGGAAGUGAGGAAGAAGAGGAGGAAGUGCCUGAACAAGAAGGAGAGCCAAGUUCCAUUGUCAAUGUGCCUGGAGAAUCAACCCUCCGACGUGAUUUCCUGAGGCUGCAGCAGGAAAACAAGGAACGGUCCGAGGCCCUUCGGAGGCAGCAGCUGCUGCAGGAGCAGCAGCUCCGUGAGCAGGAGGAGUACAAGAGGCAGCUGCUGGCAGAGAGGCAGAAACGCAUCGAGCAGCAAAAGGAGCAAAGGAGACGGCUGGAAGAGCAACAAAGAAGAGAACGGGAAGCUCGGAGGCAACAGGAGCGUGAGCAAAGGCGGAGGGAACAGGAAGAAAAAAGACGUCUGGAAGAAAUGGAGAGGAGACGUAAGGAGGAGGAAGAGAGAAGAAGAGCAGAGGAGGAAAAGAGGAGGGUAGAAAGGGAGCAGGAGUAUAUCAGGCGACAGCUAGAAGAGGAGCAGCGGCACUUGGAAAUUCUACAGCAGCAGCUGCUCCAGGAGCAGGCCAUGUUACUGGAAUACAGAUGGCGAGAGAUGGAGGAGCAUCGACAGGCAGAGCGACUCCAGCGCCAGUUGCAGCAGGAGCAAGCCUACCUCCUGUCGCUGCAGCACGAUCACAGGAGGCAGCAGCAGCAGCAACAGCAGCAGCAGCAACAACAGCAGCAGCAGCAGCAGCAACAGCAGCAGCAAGAAAGAAAUAAGCAAAGCUAUCAUACCCCUGAGCCAAAACCCCACUAUGAGCCUGCUGAAAGAGCGCGUGAGGUGGAGGAGAGAUUUAGAAAAACGAAUCAGGGCUCCCCUGAAGCACAGUCAAAGCAGAUGGGCAAAGUGUUGGAGCCACCAGUGCCUUCAAGAUCAGAGUCCUUUUCCAAUGGAAACUCAGAACCUGCUCAGCCUGCCCUGCAGAGGCCAAUGGAGCCCCAAGUACAGUGGUCCCAUCUGGCAUCUCUCAAGAACAAUGUUUCCCCUGUCUCGCGAUCCCAUUCCUUCAGUGACCCUUCUCCCAAAUUUGCUCAUCACCAUCUUCGUUCCCAGGACCCAUAUCCACCUUCACGCAGUGAAGUGCUAAAUCAGAGUUCUGACUCUAAGUCGGAGGUACCCGACCCCACCCAAAAGGCUUGGGCUAGAUCAGACAGUGACGAGGUGCCUCCAAGGGUACCUGUGAGAACAACGUCCCGAUCACCAGUCCUGUCUCGUCGUGAUUCUCCACUGCAGGGCAGUGGGCAGCAAAAUAACCAAGCAGGUCAAAGAAACUCCACGAGCAAUAUAGAGCCUCGUCUGCUGUGGGAAAGGGUGGAGAAGCUCGUACCAAGGCCAGGCAGUGGCAGCUCUUCGGGUUCAAGCAACUCUGGCUCCCAGCCUGGCUCUCACCCCGGCUCUCAGAGUGGGUCUGGAGAGCGGUUCCGGAUGAGAUCAUCAUCCAAAUCAGAGGGUUCGCCAUCACAGCGUCAUGAAAGUGCACCUAAAAAGCCUGAAGAGAAAAAGGAAGUCUUCAGACCUAUCAAGCCUGCUGGAGAAGUGGAUUUAACUGCAUUGGCAAAGGAAUUGCGAGCAGUAGAGGAUGUGCGGCCUCCACAUAAGGUGACGGAUUAUUCGUCCUCAAGUGAGGAGUCAGGGACAACGGAUGAGGAAGAUGAUGAUAUGGAACAAGAAGGAGCAGAUGAAUCUACUUCUGGACCAGACGAUGUCCGAGCAGUGUCAACACUGAACUUGAGCAAUGGUGAAACAGAGUCAGUGAAAACCAUGAUCGUCCACGACGAUGUAGAGAGCGAACCUGCCUUGACUCCUUCUAAGGAGGGCACCUUAAUUGUCCGACAGAGUACAGUUGACAAAAAGCGUGCCAGCCAUCAUGAGAGCAAUGGCUUUGCCGGUCGCAUUCACCUCUUGCCAGAUCUCUUACAGCAAAGCCAUUCCUCCUCCACUUCCUCCACCUCCUCCUCCCCAUCCUCCAGCCAGCCGACACCCACCAUGUCCCCACAGACACCCCAGGACAAGCUAACUACUAAUGAGACUCAGUCCGCUAGUAACACACUCCAGAAACACAAAUCUUCCUCCUCCUUUACACCUUUUAUAGACCCCAGAUUACUACAGAUUUCUCCAUCUAGUGGGACAACUGUGACUUCUGUGGUAGGAUUUUCUAGUGAAGCAAUGAGAUCAGAGGCAAUAAGGCAAGACCCAACGCGGAAAGGAUCAGUUGUCAAUGUGAAUCCUACAAAUACGCGACCACAGAGCGAUACCCCAGAGAUUCGCAAAUACAAGAAGAGAUUCAAUUCUGAGAUACUGUGCGCUGCCUUAUGGGGAGUGAACUUGUUAGUGGGCACUGAAAGUGGUCUGAUGCUGCUAGACAGAAGUGGUCAGGGGAAGGUUUAUCCGCUCAUCAAUCGAAGAAGAUUCCAGCAAAUGGAUGUACUUGAAGGGCUGAAUGUCUUGGUGACAAUUUCUGGUAAGAAGAACAAGUUGCGAGUGUACUAUUUGUCCUGGUUAAGAAAUAAAAUCCUUCACAAUGAUCCCGAAGUUGAGAAGAAACAGGGUUGGACGACGGUGGGCGACUUGGAAGGCUGUGUGCACUAUAAAGUUGUAAAAUAUGAAAGAAUCAAAUUCUUGGUAAUUGCAUUGAAGAGUUCUGUGGAAGUCUAUGCAUGGGCACCAAAGCCAUACCACAAAUUUAUGGCCUUUAAGUCAUUUGGGGAAUUGGUACAUAAGCCAUUGCUGGUGGAUCUAACAGUAGAAGAAGGUCAGAGACUAAAAGUGAUCUAUGGCUCCUGUGCUGGCUUCCAUGCCGUUGAUGUGGAUUCGGGAUCAGUCUAUGACAUUUAUCUACCAACACAUAUCCAGAGCAGUAUCCAACCUCAUGCAAUCAUAAUUCUCCCGAAUACGGAUGGAAUGGAGCUACUGGUCUGCUAUGAGGAUGAAGGAGUUUAUGUAAACACAUAUGGAAGGAUCACCAAGGACGUGGUUCUGCAGUGGGGAGAGAUGCCAACUUCAGUUGCGUAUAUUCGAUCCAAUCAGAUUAUGGGCUGGGGAGAAAAAGCGAUCGAAAUACGAUCAGUGGAAACUGGACACUUGGACGGUGUGUUCAUGCACAAAAGGGCACAGAGACUCAAGUUCUUAUGUGAACGCAACGACAAGGUCUUCUUUGCCUCCGUGCGGUCAGGUGGAAGCAGUCAAGUCUAUUUCAUGACCCUUGGCAGGACUUCUCUUCUGAGCUGGUAGAAGCAGUGAGCUGUGGUGAGGGAUUGCUGACAUCCAGAGUCUGAGAUCUUCAUAACUCGGAAUUAUUUUCAACUGGAGUACAGACCUGCACUAAUGCAGCAGCACUCUGUGUAAAUGUGUGUGCAGGCAUCACUGGUGUUAGGUUUCUUUUUGUUUUUCAACUGAGGCUGCAAGGCAGCUGGUGCUGUAAAGAUAUUGCCAUCAGGUGCUACAAAGUCUUUGAGGUUUGGGAUCAUGCUAGAAAGCUACAGGUCUUUUUUUCCCUUCAGCUCCAGGAUUCCUAGGCUUUGAAGGACUCUGUUUGUUAGUGUGGAAACAGAGGGGGAAAAAAAAAAGGAAAAAUAAACACAGACUUAUCAUGAACAUGCUGUUGAGUGGACAGGAGGCAGGCAAGAGAAGGUGAGAAGUGGUGUAGAGAGUCAGACUGGCUGAAACAGAGGGCAGAUCUAGUCUAUCUAGUAAUGUUAACAAUGUAUUUAAUUGACAUUUCUUUUUUGUAAUGUGACAAUAUGUGGACAAAGAGGAAGGUGCAGGUUUUAAGAAGUUAAUAUUUAUAAAAUGUGAAAGACACAGUGACUAGGAUAACUUCUUCUUGGGGACAGGGAGGGUGGGAAGGGGUUGGGGUGGAAUUCUUGAUUAUUUUUUUGUUUUGUUUCUGCAGUUUUAUUUUGGCCUCGCCAAUAACUUUUAGUCAUUUUCUGUGUACCAGGUAUUGCCUGAAACAUGUGCAGAUGAUAAAAAAAAAAGGAAAAAGGAAAAAAAAAAGAAAAAAUCAACAACGAAAAAUAAAGAAAAAAAAAACAUUCAUUUUCUAUAAUGAUUCUGUGUUAGGCCAGAACUUGGUUAUGUCACAGUAUUAGCACUGCCUCAGUUAAAGGUUUAAUUUUUGUUUAAACCUAGAAGUGCAACAACAGUUUUACCACAGUCUGCACUCGCAGAACUAAAAAAAAAAAAAAAAAAAAAAAAAAGAAAUAAAAUCCAAACUACAUAUGUUUAUUUUUUGUGCCUACCUCAUUGUUUUUAAUGCAUAAAAUAAAAGAGGUGGUUUAGUUUAUACGUUUUUAGAUGAAAACCAUUAAUGUCUAAUUUAAUCUUAAUACCAAAACUACCAGAUCGAAAGGUUUCUGACUGUUAUCGUGUAGCAAGUUUCAGCAGGAGGAGAGAGUGGUCCAUUGGGGCAAUAGUGGUAGCGUUAUGGCAGUGAGACACUGAUUAAUGUAAUUUGCUUACUAAAUUUGGAAAGCAAGCAUUUUUUGGAACCAAUUUCAUCCUUACUAGAAGUCCGAAUUUAGCCUAAAACCGGAGGUUUCACUCUUCUAACACGUGGGCUUAGUAACAGGCAGGUAAAAUAACUAGGCUAGUUCUAUAAACUGUUAAAUGUUGUAGGAAACGUUUUGGGGCGGUGAUGUUUUUCUUUUUUAAGAAUGCAAUGCACUAAAACUCUUUUAAGAAUGUAGUUAAUACUGCUUAUUCAUAAAAAAACAGCGUAUACCUGUGUUUAGAUGUAAGAUCCCAGCUCUGGCUUUUUUCUUUCUUUUUUUUUUUUUGUUUGUUUGUUUUGUUUUUAAGUCAGUUUUAUUUUAUGAAUAAGUUCUGACAUUUGUAAUAAAUGUCUUGAGAGUAAUAAUUUGUUUAAUGGCUACAUGUUCAUUACUUGAGAAACCUUGAGUGUAUAAUAAUCUGUUGGUGAUGUAAUAAUGCACAGUGUCAUGAUUCAGCCAUCUUUUUGUUUGGUUUUUACUUUUUUUUUUUUUAAUUAUUAUUAUUAUUAUUCCUUCGGUGGGGUACUUUGUUGACAGCUGCCUUAAGCUGUUCAUUCAGUGAACAGGCUCUCAGUGUUUCACGGGCUUUGUCUUCUGCUGCGUUUAACUUUCCCUCACGGCGUGACAGGUAGGGCUUUUUAAACACGUCUUCUUCAGUCAGACUCGACCGUUCGAGUGACUGGUCGGUGGGCAGCCGAGAGCACGAGCUGUGCAGAGCUGAGACUCGACCGACCCUUCUUGUGGGAUCCAAUCCGACUGCUGUAAACCCUGCAAACCCAAGCAGCGCUUCUGCUGAAGACUCUCCUGUGAACAUCACAGACAGUUUUGAGAGUGAGUGGUCAAUGCAUACCACAAGUGCAUGUACACACACACACACAGACACGCUCACACACCCCACACACCAAAAGAAUCAAAACUCAAGAAAGCCUUACAUUUGCUGGCAGAGGAGGACCUAGAAAUAUUUUUUUUAACCGUAUGACUUUUGGAUAGCGUUGAAGGUGAAGGAUGUGUUCUUUUCAUGCCUGGCACGCUCAGCCAGAAGAACGAUCAACUCUUUUUUUGUACUAUAAUGAACUAAAGGGGGACUUGGAGAAGCGACGUGGGUGUAAUCACACAGCGGCCCCGUAGUGUAGCUUCCCGAAGCUGGUUUGAUCAAAUGCCAGUCUGCGUGAUUUAAUUCUUCCAGCGCUAUGCGGUCCAAAAUCAAGUUAGUCCUUGAAAGCCGAUGCUAUUCUCCCAGAGGAAGAUGCUCCAGUACUGUAGGGAUUCCCAGGUCACGGAUACGUGCUGUUGAAGUUUGGAGGCUCCUGGGGGGGAAACUCCUCCGGGCUGGCUGCUCGCGCCGCAGCCUUCGCCUCCGCAGAAGUGCCAGGACAGCAACAUGGCAAGGUAAAAACAGUAUUACAAAACCACUACAUAUACAGACAUCGAACUCUUCAAACAGUGCUUUUGUAAGCAAAGAAGAAAAGAAAAAGCUCCUAGAUUUAGUUUUAAGCUUUAAUAAGUAAUAAUUUUCUGUAUCUUUAAGUCAAAGUAACCCUAACUUGUAUGACUGCAGUGUUUUUAUUUUUUAUCUUAUGCACAUGUUAUGUUGGAGAAAAUGUUUACAAAAAUGGUUUUGUUACACUAAUGUGCAUCACAUAUUUAUGGUUUAUUUGAAAGUGAUUUUUGUGGGUUUUUUAGUUUUUCAUAGUAGUAGUACACUUUUUGUGAUUUAUAACCCCAAACUCUGCUGAUUAUAAAGAUGCUAAACAAUAAUACAAAAUGACAAACUGCAUUAAAAUUACUAAUCGUAGAGCUGCAAAGCAGACUGGUGACAAGUAAAACACUCAGCCUUUUUUUUGCAGUGCUAUCUAACUUGUCUUCUGUGUAUUAUGGAAAUUACUGUUUUUUCCCCGUUUUUCCUUAAAUAAAGUCAAAUUGACACCUA